UGAAGAUGAGGCGCACGUUCUAUGGCGAUGGAGUAAGAACGCGCAAACUGUCGGAACGACGAAGCGCGGAUAGUCGAGCGGACGAUCGUGGGUUCAUCGUGGCCGGCGUCGGACUAGCGGAUUCUGUCUGGUCUCCAUCUGUCUCGUCGCCGGCGUUCCCGGCUCGAGCGCCCGAAUCGACGCGGCUACCACGCGCGGUGCCGUUAUGACAGAUCCGCGCGUCGCCGCAUAUCGUACGCGAUCCGGCGAGUCGUGUGGCGGUCCCCUCGCGCGAGUGAUAGAUCCCGUCGAAUAAUGGCGCGCCGGGACCCUGACGAGUAGCUCAGCUGACAGCCGCGUCAGACAAAAUGGUAGCCCGCCGUGGCCGUGCACCGGGAGGUGAUACGUUUCCGCAUACGUGAACUCGAGCCCGGGGCGGGACGGGCGGGACGGGGAGGUUUAGGCUACGAUGAGUACUGACAGUCAUGAUCAGACGAAACCUUGCAAAACACUCGCGAGGAGCGAAGAAGAGAGUGCGUUUGACGGUAAACGGAUUAAAAAAGAGCGCAGUGAUAUUUGCGUGGAGAAUGGCGACGCCGCCGUCGCCUCCACUGCCUCCUCCUCCGCCGCUACCGUCGCCACCUCCGUCACCACCGUCGUGGAGAAACGACAGCUGCCGGCCGGCAGGUUCGCGUCGAAUGGCUUUCACGGGGAUGGUGAUCUGCUGCAGGACCUUGUCACGACGAAGGUCACUACGCUGGCUAACCACGGAGCUUCCUCCAAGCAGGACAAGAUCCGGAUUAUGAUAGAGGAUGGCAUUAGCGAAGAAUCUAGGGUGCGCGUGGACGAAAUCUUCUCGCAGGUAGAACGACUCAAGAUAGAAGAAAGAUUAUUGUUGUACCUGAAACUUCCGUUACUGCUGACAAAUCCGAGUGGAACCGUCGAUCCGCUGAGGCAGCCGUUAAAUCCAUUAGGAAAUCGUUAUGAAAUUCAUCAGACUAUCAUGUGGAUUAAGACACACUUGGAAGAAGAUCCUGAUGUGUCUUUACCAAAGCAGGAAGUCUAUGACGAAUACAACAUGUAUUGCUUAAGGAAUUCUAUGAAACCGUUAUCGACGGCGGAUUUUGGAAAAGUCAUGAAACAGGUGUAUCCGCGAGUGCGCCCUCGAAGGUUGGGCACACGGGGCAACUCUCGCUACUGCUAUGCGGGUAUGCGCAAGCGAAUUAAAUUGGAUCCUCCAACACUGCCAAAGAUAUCUGGCUCUCAAACUGAGGAGCAUUCGGAGGAGAAUAUUACUGAGGAAAUGUUAGGCGCUGCGUCUACAUUGAUAAGAGAAUGGGCGGAGAGCGUGUUAGGCCUGAAAUUUCCAAAUUUGAGUGCCUUAGCGCGGCAUCUUGUUGAUAAUUUUCGUGUCGAUACUCGAUCUCUGGCUGCUGUAUGCAUUCUUUCUGCUGCGGUCGAGGCUAGUGCUUCAUCUAAUAAAGAGGCGAUCUCGGAUCUACCGACGACGCCUGUGAGCGGUAAGCCUGCCAAACUUCGAGAGGCGCAGUUACAGUUGCAACGGAAACUUCAGCAACGCGAGCAUAUAAAGGAUCAGAAGCAUCGUCAUCUUGACACAGUGACUAUUAUACAGAACAAAGAGAAAGCCGUCGACGGUAAAGGAAACGUUGGUAAGGGAAGCAAGAAGGUCAACAAGUCCAAUCAAUCACCUCAAGGUACAAACGCGUUAACGGCGACAACAGAGGCCGCGCAAAAGCUGAACGUGUCAGCGGUAGUUUACAACCGGCAAAAGAAAGUAACGAAGACUUGCAACCAACAGCAACAGCAGCAGCAGCAGUCCCGCAAUGUCUCCCAGGAGUCUAACUGUGAUAAUCUAGUGGUACAAUCGCGCGAAGAUGGACAGAGUAAUAGCAACUCCAGAGUAAUGUCGGGCGCGCAGCGCGAUGUCAAAGGUAAAAAUUCCAGGAAACGUGCCAAUAAUCCGAUUGUAACGCAGGAGUCCAGCCCCGAGAAGCAAACGAAGCUCACGGAGGAGAGCCCAGAGCAUUCCAGCGUUUUGCUACCCAAGUUAACGUCCAUCCGCGGCGGCAAGAUAUCGGUGAUACUAGCUAGCAAUCCGAAGUCUAUCAAGUGUAAAACGGUUGAGGCUGCGGACAGCCAGCUCGUUAAAAACUGUGAUAUUAACUCGUCGAGGAGUGCUUCAGCCACUGGCGCGGUGGAGGUGUCCUCAGGACUCCUUACGAGGGACCAGAUUCGCCUCUUGCAGGAUACGCCGGUCUUCAAGGACGAGAGGCUGCGCAGCAUCGACACAGACGCGCUGGACGAUUAUCUGAACGGCGGGAACAAUUCGCAGGAGCAGGAGGAGGAGUUAUUACAAUACUUUCAACAGAGCAGCUCGUCCAGUUCGGACGUGGAGACCGGCGUUGUCAGUUCCGACACCGAUCAGGUGUCCCGAUCAGACAAGGUAUCGCAGUUACGGUUGAUAUUACAACAGAAUCUGAAAGGAUCUACCGUCACCGCCGACCUGGUGCCCGCGACCGUCGUCCGGCAAUCCGUUGCUGCGGAGAAGCGCGAUUCCUCGCAGAAACACAAUCUUAUAUUACCGACACUUUUGAAUCAUCCUAAUCCAGGUAGCACGCGUCGUCGCGUCAGUUUUGAAACCAGUGUCGUCGAACAUGUACAGGAAACGACGACGCCGACCGUGGCCAACACUGUGCCGCAGAGUCCCAACACGCGGCGUAGGAUAUUCAACUUCACCCCGAUCUCACCCGGGCCGCAUUCUCCGAUCAACGGCCGUGCGUCCAAGUCGAACUCGGCGAACGCGAGUCCCUUCGUGUCGCCGCGCAACACUCCGGUGCCAAGAUCGCGCAGCAACCUGCAAGCCGGCAGCUCCAGAUCGCGCGGCCAAAAGAUGCUUUCCCGCUCGAUAUCGUGCAGUGUGCCGUACACCGUCAAAACGACAGACACUUUCAUUGUACCGACAUCCAGUGGAACGGAAUCCGCGCGACAUAUGCUGACGGUGGCAACGACCAAGUCGUCGGAGGUCGUUUUGAAGGGACCGCCGUGCACUGCGUUUUUGGACCUGACGCCUCAAAAGCAAUUGCUAAUCAAUUAUCCAAGCCAAGAGAAUCUGCAGGAAAUCAAGAAUGUGUACCAGAGUAGCCAGAAGAGCCAGCCAGCCCCGCCCGACCAAGAGAUCACGGAACUUCUCCACGCUGGCAGACACUUGAGCAACGAGCAAUUAUUUUAUCGCUCGCAGUCCGUGCCGUUGCACAGGAUGGUGAAUCCCGUGUCCUUGAUGUCACCGAUCUCCGCGCAGCACUGUUUGUCGACGGUGCAGAGUCAGAGCUUCAAUCCGUCGACGAACAGCUCCGUUGCGCCCACGCCAGUGCCGAGCGAGUACAAUGAUUUCGGAUCCACCAUCGGACAAGAGGGUGCGUAUCUGUUGGACGACGCGAAUUUCAUAUCGGACGACCAACAGUUUCUGAUGACGGACAAGGGAAUCACGUCGGAGAACAUCAAUAAUAUCCUGACGAUUUUGGACGAGGAAGGUCAGUCGAGUCUGCAAAUGCUGCCGGAACAGACGACGGAGGAAACGUUGAGCAGCGCGAUCGUUCUCGACGCCCUACCAAAUGCCAAUUUGAAUCUAUCGGAGGAGGACAUACUGGAUGCGUCCAGCAUUCUUGACGAUCCCGGCGGCGCGUUGCAGAAGAUAAUUCAAUCGCGCUCGUACCCGAACACGCCGCUGCCUGCACCGGUGUCGGCGUACGCGCCGUCGUACACCGAGGACAGCAACGGCUCCAGAUCGUAUCCGUCGACUCCUCUGCACACGGUGCAAUCCCAGGAGGUGUACCAGGAUCCAGGCGAGCCGAUACUCUCCAGUCCCAUCCUUAAUUCUCUCAGCUUACAGAGCGACACGACGAACGUUACUGUUGCCGCCGUUACCAGCACCGCGAGCGACGUUGACGUUGCCGCCGCUUCUUCCAACAGCCUUUGUCGAAACGUCGCCGAUCUUUUGGAGGCGAGUUUCCUCGGGGAGGCCGACGCAGAGACGGAUGAUUUGGACCCGCUCGCUAAUUUUGACGGCCUGCAAGAUGUAGACUCGUUGACGCCGCUAUUCAACGAAGUCGCGGAGCCUAAUUGUUGAGACCGUUACUUCGAUCUAUCAUAAGUUCGCAUUUGCACAGGGAGAGGACGGCUAGCUAUCCGAUAUCUAGACGAAACGUGACAAAAUCUAUAUACGUCUGAAUCUAAGAACUAAAAGGAUCCAAAGGGAAGGUGAGAGGCCAGCCGUUUUGUUACGUACGAUGCCUAAUUGUUCUAUACGAUGCCUAAUUACAAAUCCAUAUAAGCAAAGUUCGAUGAAUUGAAUAGCAAGUAAUCCCGAAUGUAGUUUCCAGGUGCUGGAAGGGUUGAGAACCACUCGUGCGACUUUAAAAAAAAAAAAACAAAAUGCAAAAAUGCGCAACUGCCAGCAGCGUUUCCCUCGUAACAGCAUAAUUCUUCCGAGUUAUCACGUAAAACGAGCGAGAGGCUCGAAACCUAAUUACCAUUCGACCAAGUGAUAGUACGAGCGAGUACGCGAGUAAUUCUCCGGAGCCGAUACUCCCUCUGCGAGCGAUUUUAAACGAGGUACACAAUAUUACAAUAUUCACUAAACGCACAACUUCGGAUAGGGAUUACUCUUGGUAUCUUGUAAGCAGAAUUGAGACUGUCGUUUAACUUUCUAUUUAAAAUUUAGCGAAACCGUGAGUCGCAACAAUUGAUAUUCGCUGCUACGCGUUCGAAGAAAUACUCAUGUUUUUACUAAAAGCGACAGGAAAAUCGAAAGAUUGAAACGAAUACCGAUCGCUUCUCGAUCGGAGUCGAGCAUUAAAUAUUCUAACAUAUGCGUGUACGCGAUACGUUGGAAAUGUGUAUGGGUGCGGGCUUGUAUGAACAGUCAAUAGACAUAAUCAUAUAUGUGCGAAACGGCAGUCUCUCUCUUAUUCGAGUACAUGCUUAGUUAAGGUUUCUCUUUUUGGAGUGUGAUGCGCGUACGUUGAAACGCGAGGAAGCUGAGAUAACGAUGUAGCCAAGCUGUUGUAUGUAAAAUGUCAGAUUUUCUACUAAAACUUUACGCGUAACACAGUUCUACUACACCUAGACAGCAAAAGCUUCUAGAAGAAAUAUUAAGGAUGGCAAAAAUUCCGCGUUUCGAUUCUUCAUACGUUACUAGUUCCGCGGGAAAAAUUAAUGUCUUCUGUAUGCUUUCUAUUUGAGAAACCAUAUAAGAGAAUGUUAAUUCUUUGUAACUCUUUUUCGAUUCUCUCUUGCACGUCAUAUAAUGUUUUUUUGGAACGUUACAAGUGGUAGCAUUAAUAGGAAGGAUGAAGUAAUACUUCAAACAUUUUAUACCAAUCUGCAGAAUCAGUGUUUUUUUUAAAUAAAUUGAGUUUUAUAAAGAUUCUUCAAAUAUGUUUGAAAACGUUAUAAAAUUAUAAUUAAUAAAAAAUUUAGACGAAUUUUUAUUUGAAAAAUAGCACAAGUGAUCUUACGGAUUGUUGGCAAACGGAUAGUGAACUCUGUAAUGAUUAAUAAGGGAUACAUAUAAAGCUAGAUUAAAAAUUUCAAAGUUUUGGUAGAAAAUUUGAAAAUUUAUGUAAUUGUUUCAAACGAGCCGUGAGAACUUUUUUUCUAAACUAUUUCGUUGCACCUGUUCGCACAUAUCAGUUUUAUGUCGGCGCUCGAUUGCAUCGGACUUUUCACCUAGGAAGAUUGGGUGCAAUAAUAAUAUCGGAAACCAGUGUCACAUCCUAACGGAUGCCUUGCAAUUGUUGCAUAUUUAAUUCUUAAGUAAGUAACGCGUAAACAUAAAAUAUAAUAAAAACCGGCUUUUUGUGUUAAAAUAUAUCUAUUUAUAUCUUGCAUACCAUAAAAAUGUUUACAGAUAUUUUUCAUGUUUCUCAAUAUGGUAAAACGAUGAAAUAUGUUUUCGAAUAUAUUAGAUCAACAGUAUCUUGGAUCAUUAUGAUAUAAUACGGAAUGUUCAACUCAAAUCAUACAAUCUGCGACGAGCUAGAUACCCUAUAGAGAACAAAGAAAGAUAGAUAAAAUAAAUUCCUUGCAGCUUGUAGAUUAUAUAUCGUUCAUCCCGAUGUAACAGAAGUUUUUAAAGGGAGUCCUUUAGACUCAUUAAGGACCAUUGUGAGUGCAUGAUUGAGUGUUGAGAAACACAUUUCGCAGAUCAUCUGAUUGCGUUGUUGCUGGGAAAAUUCUUAGAUUUCGUGGAUUUUCAAGAUCUCGGGGUCCUGGAAAAUUUGUAACACGUGGGAACAAGAGACCAGUGACGAAAUGACGCGAGAAGAUGAAAAGCGUAAACAUUAUUCAGCUAUCGAAAGUAUUGCAUGAGCUAGGACAGUACUUUAGGGCAGUAAGUCGCAUGUUGUAUUCGCAAUGUAUAUUUUGCCUUACUUUUCAACCCCCCCCCCCCCCUCCGCACGUGCUAAGUGUAUGAUGUGUGACGAUGUAUAACGACGAGGUCAAGUGCGAGAGAAUCGGUAGCGCAAAGCGAGCGACAAAGAAGUAGCGGUCAAUCGCACGAUGAAGGAAUGCGCCAGGAAGAUCUUCGCCGGAAUAAAAACGACUGCCUCUGCUGGAAGCUUAAUUCAUCCGAGACGAUACGUUCGUUCGAUUCUGAAAGAAAUCUUUCAUUUUAUUCACCUGUUAUAUACGUAAUACCGUGAAUGACAGACGAAUGGAACAACGCGAAAGCGGUGUUUACCCCUCGUGCGCGCGUAUAGCGCGUUUCGACGGUUACAUCUCGUUUUGCAAAUAAACAUUCUUUUUUAGAAA